GUGCCCAGCACACUGCACCCUCACUGGGGGCUGGAUCCAGUGUCCAGGAUGCCAUCACAGGAGCACAUCCCAGCCUCCACAAACCCUGCGCAUGACAGCCUGGGAAGAGGGUGCUGGUGGAUGUCUGAGCAUCAGCAACUGGGCAGGAGAGUCUGGGUUGCUCAGGGAUGCAGCCUGGGCUGACCCAGGGGGGACCCUGCGACCCCUCCCCUUGUGAGCCUCCAUCGGGCACAGAAUGUGCCUGAUCCCAAAGGCCCGGUGCUGCAACCCACGUUCUUCAGCCCCCGCUGGUGGAGCCCGGCAGGUGAACACUGCCACAAACUCUCCAACAGGGAGUUUUGGGGAGCAUCAGCAGGGUUUGGGGAUCCUCCUGCCUGGAGGGACAGGCCCAGCCCCUCCUGCUGCUGCUGAGCGCUGCAGAGGAGCAGAGGGAAGCUGAGAGGCCUCCAGCUUCACCUGGGGGAUGCAGAUGAGAUUGUGUUAAUUGGGAGCAGCUGGAACGGAGCCACGGCCUCCCCUGGGACAGCAGAUAAAAGGCAGGGCUUGGCUGGGCCUCGGUGCUCUCUUCUGCUGGGCUGCUGCCAGGUGAGGGGUGCUGGGGGGCCUGGCCCUGCUCGGGGAGGUGUCUGGGGCCGAGGUGGGUGUUUGGGGCAGGGAAUGAGGCAGUGUCUGAGCCCAGGGCUGCUCACAGCCCUGUGCUGCCCUGGCAGCCUUCCAGGAGGUGCUGAGGCUGGCACAGGCUGUCCUGAGCUGGAGGCUGCCGGGACAAGGGAGAGGUUAUCCUGAGGAGCUCAGGGGAUGGGGAGCUUGGCAAUGGGCCAGGCACUGGGAUGUGGGGCUGCAGAGACCCGGCCUGACUCUCUGCUGUCCCUCUCCGCAGCUGAGCUCUCCCCGUGGCCGCUGCCAAGAGGAGCCGAGGGCUUGGAGCGCCGAGCCCCGGCCGCCGCUGCUGCCCCGCGGGCAGGAACGAUGCUCCGCGCUGCGAGGGAAGGGGCUGCGGGCACAGCCCCGGGUCCUGCUGCCCGCGGGGCUGGCCCUGCCAGCAGCCUGUGCCGCAGAGCCUUCCUGCUGCUGGCCGCGUGUGUGUGUGCCGCUGCUGUCCCCUACGGUGCUCGGACUGCUGUCACCCGGGGUCCUCCGGGCUCCCCAGCCUCCCGGCGAGGGGCGGGUGACAGUCUGGGGACAGCGUGUGGGGACCUCCUCUCCUCGGGCUGCUUCCCAGGGCUCCAAGGAGUUGUGACCGCUGGGACAGCUGCUAAGGGACAGAGCCUGGGGACACGGACUGCGGCCACACGGACAUCUCGGCCCUCCCCACAGCGAGGGUCUGAGGCCACCUCCAGAGCAGGGAGUGGGCCAGCUGCUGGGGUCCCUGCCACCUCCCAGCUAUGGCCGCACCCUCCUUCCCUCCCCACAGCUGCUUCUGGCCCCUCUGCAGGGGCUGCGGUGACACGGGUGGCACCCAACCCACUGGUGCCACUCCAAGGGGCAGCUGCGGGCUCUCGGGUCCCCCCCGAUGUCCCCGCAUGGGCACCGAUGGCUGCUGGCUCCUGGAGCCCGGGCACAGCAGAGCAGGUGGUGGCCUCUGCUCUGCCAGCACGAGGGACGCCCAGCUCGGCCGAGCUGAGCCCUGGCACGCUGGGGGUGUCCCCUGCCCUGGCAGCGGAGGGGCUCUGGGGCACUGCUGGCACCGCCCUGCCUGGGGCAGCUGCUCCCUCGGUGGCCGCUGUGCUGGCCCAGGUUCCUGGGAACGGCUCUGGACUCCUGCACGCACUCCUGGCAUCGCUUCCUGCUGCCCGCAAUCAACGUGUGCUGGCUUCUUCCCUUCCCACGGUGUCAUCUGGGGCUCCUGCUGUCCCCUCGGGGACACAGAGUGAGUGGCCUUGUCCCCCUGCACAGCCCAGUGCCACAGGAGCCUCCCCAGCACAGCCCAGGGCUCCCGGCCCUGCAGCCCCCACUGUGCCUGGGAGCAGCUCCACAGCCCCCGGUGUCAUCCCGGAGCUGGGACAGCGGUUUGUGACGGAAGAACCCAGGCACAGCCAGCCCGGGACAGCAUUGGUGGGACCCGUUCCCAGUCCAGCAGGACCUGCAGGGCCCAGCCCUGCCAGCCCAGGCUCUGUGCCUCCCCUCUGCUCCCCAAAGCCAGCUCUGCAGCGUGGCUCUGAGCCGGGGCACCCCCCUGUCCCCAGCAGCAGCAGCAGCGUGACAUCUCCGUCCUGCCUGCCAACCUCUCCUGGAGCUGGGCGUGCAGCCAGCUCCCUGCUCAGCUCCCAGACCCUGGCUGUGCCCUCUGCAGCGACCCUCCAUGCCCACGCUGUGUCCAGCGGCUCCAGCACUUCCCAGAACAGCUCCAUGGCCACGGAGCAGCUCCCUGCAGCCACCAGAGAGGCCUCCAGCCCGGCUGAGCUGAUGACAAGGGACAGACCUGGCUGCACAGGGCCAACAGCCCCUGCAUCCCAGCCCUCCAGGCUCCCCUUGGCCACGCAGCCCGUGCACGUGCUGCCCUUGCAAUUCCGGCUGCUGGGCAUGGCUUACGCCCCGGCUCUGGGCAGCAGGGACUCGCAGAGCUACCGGCAGCUGGAGGGAGACGUGACACUGAUGCUCAACCAGAUGCUGUCCGGAUACAAGAACUUCCUGCGGGCAAAUGUCCUUGAGUUCAUGAAUGGCUCAGUGGUGGUGCGAGGGGAGGUUCUGUUCCGGGGGGAUGCUCCUGCUCCCACCAACUCCCACCUCAUCCGGACAGUCGUCACAGAGGCCAGCAAGGGAAGGAGCAUGUUCAGCUGGCAGCUGGAUCCCCAGUCUGUCCAGUCUGCUGGCUUCAGCCUGGAGAACCUGGACCCCGAGAAGCUGUCCAUCUCCCUCACUGGCUCCCAGCUUGGCAUGGACAGGAUGGAUCCUCUGGAGAGGCUGGUCAGAGAGGUAACUGCAUCUGUCAGUGCCCUCUACAACGUGAGGAACUUCACCAUCUCCCAGCUCAGGAACCUGGGUGGGAACACGGAGAUCACUGGAGACCUCUACCUAGACACGGUUGUCCAUGCUGACAUUACGGAGGUUCUGGAAGCCCUGACUGCGCUCUCACGCCUCUCCAUGGACCUGACCUCCCUCUCGGUGGAGGGGACCAAGCUCGGUCUGCACGUGUACCCUCUCUCCUUGGUGGUCACCAACAGACCCUUCAGCCAGGAGCUUCAGGAUCCGCUCUCUGAAGAGCACCACAAUCUCUCCAGGGCCCUUGGCGAUGCGGUGGCGAGAGCCCUGAGGGAUUACCCAUCCUUCCUGAUGGCAAUCAUAACAGAAUUCCUGCCUGGCUCCUUGAUCUGCCAUGGAAACAUGAUCUUCCGCCACCCUGCUCCAACCAGCGUGCAAGUUCUGAAGACACUUGUGCGCUCGGUUGGGCCAAACCAGGCUUUGGCCGACUCUGACUUCCACGUGGAUCCAUUCUCUCUCUCUGUGGGAGAGGACACCCUGGACCCUCCCAGGCCCCAGCCGGGCUUCCCAGCCUACGGAGUGGCCUUGAUAGUCAUCGGUGGCCUCUGCAUCAUGGCUGCGCCCGUCGUGCUCGUGGUGAGGGCGAGUUCUGCCUGCUGGGCUGGGCCAGCAGCCCUGGCCCUUGCCUGGGCUGGGCUGAGGGACCCUGUGGGACCUGCUGGGGCUGCAGUCCUUGUGCUCUCCUCCCCAGUGCCUGGGGACCAAGAGGCUGGGCUGGCAGGCUGGAGGAGCCCUUUGGGACAGAAGAGACCCUGAAGUGGGGAUCCAGACGUUGGAAAUGGAUAACCAGGGCUUCUGGACAGAGGACCCUGAGGAUGGUCACUUUGAGUGGCAAAGCACUUCUGCCUGAGGAGAGAAGCAGCAGCUGGGGGGAACUUGGAGAGGGGCUGUAGCUGGGAAGGAGAUGCUGAGAAGCUCUCCCUGAUCCUGUGGCAGCAGCUGCCAGGUGCUCCCUGAGCAGAAUGCAGACUCGGGUGUGUAAAGGAAUAAUUCUGUAUCUUAAAUAAACUGUUUGUAGACCGUAAAACCCAGUCGUGAAGGAAGUUGUGUGUCUGCUGUGGGGGUAGUAUUGAACCUCCCUCCCUCCUGGGCUCCCAGUACCACCACAGCCAUGUGCUGCUGCUCUAACUGGUGCCAGCAAGCUGGGCUUGGUCCUCUCCAGCUUUGGGAUAACAAUCUUAUAACAACCUUAGUGCGGGGGAGUUAAAAAAGCAAGGAUGUGCAUGCCAGCCCCACAGUGCUUCCCCUUCCACCUCACUGGAUUUGAUUUCAGAUCCUGCUCUGGGGUGUUUGUUCCAGCCCCAACCCUGCCCCACAGGCUUCAUCUCGGCUCCAGCCCUUCAGCAGUGAUUGCAGCUCCUGCUGUGCAUGCUGAAUGCCCCAGAGCCUUGUUUCAGAUCUUUAUUUCUGUGCUGCUUUGCCUCUGGCUCUGCGCUCCUUAUUCCAGCCUCAGCACCCGGAGCUUUAUUUCGCCUUCCUCCGCCGCAAUUUUUACUUCACCUCCAGGCCUGGUGUCUCUAUUUCAGGCAAGCCCAGGGCUUUUAUUUCAGCCCCACAAGCAGAAUUUCACCCCCAGGUCCGCAUCAUCUCCCCCCACUCUUUAUAAGCGCCUCAAUGAGC